AUGAUAUCAAACUGUCUUCCAGUUUCAGUUGGGGCGAGCCCAACAAGGUUGUUGUCGGAUAAACGCACCACACUGUAUCAAGUGCGCCAAAUUCACGCCUACUUCAUCAAAACAAAGCUCAUCAGUCACGCGCUUUCUGUCGCCAAACUUGUCAACGUUCUUUCUCAGAGCAGUGUCCCCUACGACGCCGUUUGCGUUUUUGUUCAUGCACUUUCUGGCUUCCGUGACAUCAGGGGAGUCGAGUUUUUGGUUCCUCCCACACUCAAAGCUUGUGGAAAGUCGUGGGCCUUUGAGGAAGGGAAACAAAUAAUGGGGUUCAUUUUGAAAACCCAUUUGUGGAACGACCCGUUUGUUACCAACUCCUUAGUUCGCAUGUGUUUGGAGCUUGGCAUGGUUGAACUUGCAAGGUCGGUGUUCGAUAAAAUGCCUACAAGAGACUUGAUUUCUUGGAACUCGUUGCUUUCGGGUUACUUGAAAGCCGGUCAGAUUGACAUGGCACGUGAGGUGUUUGAGAGAAUGCCUCAAAGGGACCUGGUUUCGUGUAAUACCAUGAUUGAUGGGUAUGGGAAGCAUGGGUCGUGCGAGCUUGCUGAGGAGGUUUUUAUGGGCAUGGGUGUCAGGGAUGUGGUGACUUGGACGAGUAUGAUUUCAGCUUUUGUUCUCAAUCAUCAACCAAAGAAAGGGUUACGUUUGUUCAGAGAAAUGUUGAGUUUAGGAGUUAGACCUGAUGCUCCUGCUGUUGUUAGCGUCCUUUCAGCCAUUGCUGACCUUGGUUUUGUUGAGGAGGGAAAAUGGAUACACGAUUAUAUAGUUUCUAAUAAGAUACUUGGCAGUUGUAGUUUUAUUGGAUCGGCUCUCAUAAACAUGUAUGCUAAAUGUGGUCAAAUAGAAAAUGCCUACCACGUAUUUAGAACCAUUUGUCACCGGCGAAACAUUGGCGAUUGGAAUUCUAUGAUCUCUGGUUUAGCCUUGCAUGGUCUUGCCCGUGAAGCCAUUGAACUUUUUCAGGAGAUGGAAACGGAAAAACUUAAGCCUGAUGAUAUAACUUUCUUGGGAAUUUUAAGUGCUUGCAAUCAUGGAGGUCUUAUGGAUGAGGGUCAGUUUUAUUUUGAAACCAUGCAAAUGAAGUACAAGAUAGUCCCCAAAAUUCAACAUUACGGAUGCAUUGUUGACCUACUUGGUAGAUCAGGUUGCUUAGAACAGGCACUUGAGGUUAUACAUGAUAUGCCUUUUGAGCCUGAUGUUUUAAUUUGGAAGGCCAUUCUUAGUGCCAGCAUGAAGCACAAUAAUGUUGUGUUGGGGCACACUGCUGCAUUGAGAGCCAUAGAGUUGGCUCCAAAAGAUUCAAGUUGUUAUGUUCUUCUCUCGAAUAUCUUUGCCAAAAUGGGAAGGUGGGAUGAGGUGAGUAAAGUUAGAUUGAUGAUGAGAAAAAGGGGAGUAAGAAAAAUUCCUGGAUGUAGCUCUAUUCUGGUGGAUGGUGAAGUGCAUCAAUUCCUUGUGGGGAAGGCCAUGAAUGUGGGGUAUAACCAAAGUGUUUUGCUGAAGUUAGAGGAGGUUGUGUGUAAGCUGAAAUCAGAGGGAUAUGAACCUGAUCUCAAUGAAGUUUUUCUAGACAUUGAAGAGUGUGAAAAAGAGAGCCAACUAAUUCUUCACAGUGAAAAAUUGGCUCUUGCUUUUGGAGUGUCAAGUCUCCCAGAGGGUGUUCCCAUUCAAAUAGUGAAGAAUUUAAGAAUUUGUUGUGAUUGUCACAAGUUCAUGCAACUGGUUUCAAAAAUCUACAAACGUCAAAUUAUAGUCAGAGAUCAAAACCGUUUUCACCAUUUUAGUAAAGGUUGUUGUUCCUGCAGAAAUUAUUGGUAA